UUCCUCCUCCUCUCCUUCCUUCGUCCUGGCCAUGAGAGGCACCGGCAGCAGCAGCUGUGCUCCCCCAGCCCCCUGCUCCGCCGCCCCGGCUGCUCCCCACUCGUCUCCCCGCAAGUGAAGAAGAUGAGACAGGAUCCUCGCUGAGCAAAGACGCUGUUGCAUCUGAGAUGGAGCCCGGUGCCUGCAGGAUGCCUCCGCUCGUCUCCCGCAUCCACUCCCUGCAGCUGUGGCACCUCCUCCUCCUGGUCUCGGCCGUCCCUCCUCCUGGCGUCUGGUCUCUUCGCUCUCGGGGCCCGGCGGCCGCUCGGCCUCUUUGCACCCGUCGGAGCCCCUCGGCCCCGCGACCCAUUUGCAUCUGGGACAGGACCUCGCUGCCGGAGAGGGAUUCUCGCUUCGCCCUGCCGCGCCAGCGGGCCCCGGCACCCCGGGGGGGAGAGCUGCGGCACGUCGUGCGGCUGAGGCGCCAGGCGGCGGGGGCCCGUCCCGCCACCCCCUCCGGAUUCGAGGACGGCAUGCCCUCCUCCCAGUACCCCUGGGCCAUCGUGUGGGGCCCCACGGUGUCGGAUGAGGACGGAGGGGACGCCAACUCGGCCAACCCAGGCUUCCCGCCGCUGGGUUACACCUUCGUCUCGCCCCACGGCAUGGCGACGGCGCAGCCCAACUCCCACUCGCUCCUGCACAACGCGGGGCUCAACCUGCGCGAGACCCCGGCCACCCUGCGGCCCUUCUUGUUUGGGCCCCGGGGGGAAGGUGUGGACCCCCAGCUGUACGUCACCAUCACCAUCUCCAUCAUCAUUGUCCUGGUCGCCACGGGGAUCAUAUUCAAGUUCUGCUGGGACCGCAACCAGAAACGCCGGCGUCACUCGGGGCAGCAGAGCGGCGGGAGGCAGCAGGAGAGCCAGCAGCCCCUCGCGGACCUCUCCCCCACCACCGUCAGCAUCUUGGGACCCUACAGCGACUCCCUGGCCCCCACGCCCGAGGCGGAGGAGUCCAGGCAGGGCCAGGAGGGCUUGGAGAAACUGGGGGGCCACGGGAAGAGCACGGCCUUCCAACUCAACCGAAUCCCACUGGUGAACCUGUGACGCUCACGGAAGAAGCAGAGCUGGCUCCCCCCCCACCCUCCCGUCACAGCCGGCGAGCGCAGACUCCCGCCGCCUCUGCUACCCCAGGAAAAAAAAAAAACGACCUCCUUGUGCCACGGCCCGCCACCACCAUUAUUAAUUAACUCCGCCAGGACGUGCCUGGGCAAAAGGACGAGCCGGGCCUCCUUAGUGUCCUGCUGGGGGAAGGUUGGGGACCCCCCCCCCGCCCACGCAGGACAGGGUGAUGAGAGAGCGGGGUGGUGGGAGGGAAGACAGCUGGUGGUGGCGUGAAAUUUUGGCCUCCCCGGCCCCUCUCCUAGCACACACACACACACACACACGCUUGGAUCUCCGUGACUCUCUCACCGGUGCAUGCCUGACGUCGGGGGUAGGCGAGGUGGAAAGGCGUACCCCUGUCCCCGUGGGCCCUGACCCCUCUGUGUGUCCCCUCCCCACACGUCGUGCGCUUUGAAGUGAACGUCUGGAGUUCGGCGGCCGCGGGGUUGCCUGCCGGGGCUCGGUCUCCCCUGAGCCGCGACUCGGGUGGUGGCAGGUUCUUCUGCUCCCGAGGCCUUGGCCCUCCCGAGGGUCCCAAGGGUGGGCGAAGGUUGGGCAGAAGAGGCUCACACAGCACCUGGGCCCCCCCCCAGCAACCCAUGUCCUUGAAGGAAACAUUACCUCGCCCCUAGAUGGAAGAUACUCCCAUCUUUCCGUUUUUCUUUCUGCCUAACACUCCUCUGUUUUUUUUCUCUUCAGCUUGUAUCUUUCUUCAUCUCUCCGUCCUCAGUUUUUUUUCUCUCAGUUCCUCCCCCUGCCACUUCUCUUGCCAGUUAAAAUUGGAAAAGGUUCCUUUAGCUUUCCAAAUGUUUUGAUCUCUUGGAAGCCUCCUCGCUGUCCCCCUCCUCUCCCUCAGCCUCCUUCAGCAAGGUUUCUCUGAAGAGCAUCGGUCUAUGGUGAUGUUCUUCAGAAAACCUGAGGCGAAGCCCUCUGCCCAUCGCGUUAUUUAGCAAGCGUCCUGUUGCGGUACUGCCGAAGCAGCUAAAGCAUGGCAUGCAGAUUUAGCUGGGCACGAGGAACUUGAGUUUUGCCAGGCUGAGGUAGGGAACUGCUUUCAGACACUCACGCUAUGGGCAACAAGCAGCAGACGUGACUCUCUGUGCCUGGGAUGACAAAGAGCAAUUUGGAGUUGACCUUGGGAGCAUUGGGAGGGUUGCCCUGUGCUGCUGGUAGGUCUCUCCUGGAACACGAGGUGACUGGAGACCCACGAGGCAAUGCUCACCAAGAGCAUGGGAGAGGGGAUAUCUGGGGUGCCAACCUUCGUAAGUGUACUGUCCCAGCUGGUGGGGGACCGAAACCAAUGGCACAGGUAUCGGUGCAAACCGGUUGCCUGAGCAUGUACUUCGGGGCUGUGGUGGUCUGUAGGGCAGGCAGCCACGCUGACAGUUGCUUGCGUGGGCACGAUCGGUGCGUCUCAAGCUCUUCCUGUGCGUGGACCCAUGGGUGUCACUUUGAGGAAGUGUGAAAUGGCAAAUUUCAGCUCAAUGACAAUAGUUGCUCUCCCUUGGCUUUUGUGGACACCUUCAAAGUAAUUCACAGACCCCACGUUGACAGCCACUGAGCUGAAAUGAUGCAGAUUUAGGUAAGGUUGCCCCUAUACUGUACAAACACCUUCAGCUGCUGGACUGAUGUGGCCGGAGAAGGGAAACUCGCCCACAAUUAGAAGGCCCUAAUGCACCAUACAAGGUCUCUGACAAAAGUUGUCUUGGAGAAAAGGAAAUGGCCCUUUCAUCCUUUAUCUCUGCAGUAAAAGCCUAUUCUUUAUAGGACAAAGCACAGAGUAUUUCAUAAGAGGCCUGGUUCUGCCCAUUUACCUAGCUGAACUAUUAGGUGAUCUCGGGUCCCAUCUGACUCACCGUGAAGGACAUUUAAAUGAGAGUGUAAAUUGCAAUAAGCUUUGCAAAAAACAGUAGAGAUUUGGAGAAAAUGACAGGUCAAAUAAAAUUACUGGCUUAUUAAAAGCACAGAAUGGCUGAAAGAUGUAGCUGGAAAAGGACUCUGGAGGUCUCUAGUCUAAGCACAGGUUGAGUCUCCGCUUACAGCAGGGGAUAUUAUUGCUUUAUCCUAGAUCGAUCCCUUACCGAGCCUUUUCCUUACUCAGGCUCCGUUCAAGGCUUUGGUGGACAGUCAAGCUGCGGAUGGACAGGACGGAGAAGGGGGCAGAUGGCUGUUCCUGCCCCGCUCCCACGGCCCCCUCCAACCGAGGGCAGCUCGGGGCCGGUCCCCCGCUCGCUGGCACGUCAGCGCUGGGGGAGGCCAUCUGCACGCAGUCGGCAAGAGGCUGCGCGGCUUAUUGCUGGCAGUUUACGAUAUAAUGCCUUCAACCGGUUUAAGUAAUUUUCCAGACCGGAUUAAUUAGAUUGCUCUUUGAUCAAUAGCGCUUGUUGAAACAAGGCUAGGGUUUAGACUCCACUACUUCAAGGGCUGUCCUUGGACUUUCCCUUUCCACAUGCCUCGUGGAGAGAAGGUCUGUAAGAAGGUGGCAGGGCACCACGGGAGGCGUAUGAUGCAGGGAAGCCCUGCGCUCUGCUGGCCAGGCUUUUGUAAACUCUACAAACAAAUCAAACUGCGUUGUUUUUUUUUUCCUCCUUUAACGUGUCUCCGGUUUUGUUAAAAGUAUCUCCAGGGAACGAGGCCUUUCACAGGUGCUGUGGUAAGGGGGAAGCUGGGGAAUGCAGCUGAGAAAACUCUUACAGUGACAGAAGCUUGGAUAUGCUGAACAUCUUUUCCAAGACCAAUUUUUCUAGCCAAAUACGUUUCUAUGACAGUCAUUCACUCUCUCACACAAAACAGGUUAGAUAUGGGAAACAACUUCAUUGUCCUGCCCAAACUUUCAUUGCUACAUUUUGUCCCUGGAACAAAACAUUCAAAGCACGUGUGGACACAUAAGCUUCUUCCAGUCAAUAAAUAAUCCCACCGGAUCUGUUUUCUCCAUGGCUGGAGCCUUAUAAACCAUCUUCCCCUACGCAGACUGGAGCCAGAGCGUGCCUGCAGUCUCUUCCCUGGCCCAGGCUAAGAGUCCGUGAGACGCACACACGGACGGAUUGACAGCACCGAGUACCAAGCCAGGGCAGAGGCCAGCACCUUCUCAGUCACGGCCCACCAGGUUUCCCUGUCUUCUAGGUGACUGGAGGAGAAAGAUCUGGAUUCAUUUUUUCCAGUGGAAAUUUUAUGGAAAGAAAUGUGUGCGGGGAAAAUGACUGACAAUGUUCGUAGCCUUGGGCUGAGCCUGUUUCUGUGCCAUUAAAAGGGAACGUCCAGGUGGGCUGGGUGGGUUGAAGGCACCGUGUCUGCGCUGAGCUCCUGGAGGUUCGUGGCUUUGUUAAGGCAAGGGUGGUCUCUCUGUGAGCGCAUGGGAAGGUCUGGGGAGAACCUCUCCCCUCCGCCCUGUAGUGCUUCAGGGCAGGAACUGGAGUCUCCCUCUGCUCACCCGGCACAGUGGCACGACUGUGCCAAGGCCAAAUCCUGCUCGGGCUUCUCCAUCUGGUCGGUUGCGACUGGUAGGCAGGGGCGCAGACCUCCGGUGUGUGCUUCCACAGCGCUCCUCCGGUCCAGUUUACGGGGACUCGCAUCCAGCCAAGCAUCCCACAGCUUCAGAGAGGGCUAUCUACCUCUUCCUCAACGGCACCUAAGUGCCCUUGCAAAUUUGGUCCCUUCAUUCCCCACAAGCAAAAAUGCUUGGAAAGGAGCGGUUUGUUCAUUCCCCACAAGUUCUCAGACGCGAUCGCCUUCAGACUGCUCUGAGUUAAACGGUGGCACAGCCUUAGAGCCGAGUCCUGCAGCACAAAAGCCCUGGGCCAAACUCCAGCUCCCCGAUCGCAACCCCGCUGAUGUCUCACUGUAGUCCUGGCCCUACCUUGGCAAGACCAUAGAGGGGGGGCCCAUUCCUUCACCGACUGCUGGCUCUCUACUCCUUUUUUCCUGUUGUUUUCCCUCUCCCACUGUUUUCCCGCUUCCCACUCCUGUCCUGUACCAUGGUCUCCCUCCCAGUUAUCUCUCCCCUCCUGCUGUUUCGCUCUCCCCACUCCUCUCUUGUUCUCCCUUUGCCACUCGGUCUCGUUCUGCCGCGGCUCCCAUCCUCCCCUCCGUCCUCCCUCCUGCUUCCCCGCUCAGUCUCGCUCUUCUCCCUCCCCUGCCCUUGUGCGCUGUGAUAUAUAUUUUUGUAGGAUUUAUCUUCUCCUCGUGGUGAAAUAUUCAAUUCUUGUGGGAUGUUAGUUUCAACAUUUUUAAAUAAACCUUUGCAAAAUACUGAAA